CUGAACACGGUUCAGCGUAGCCAGACUGCAACGAGAACCUGGGUGUUGAUCAGCUCAGCUUGAACGAAAGCAACUGCCGCUCAGAGAAUCGCUGUAUUGUACUGUGAUCCAUUAGAUUUAGUCGGAGAACCCAAAGAGACAAGCGUGAAUAAGAACAGAUAGCAAAAGCAGAAAAAAAUGCGCUGAUUGACGACCACUGAUCUCAACUGGACGCAAAAAAGGAAAAAGGAAUUUGGCAGUUUACAUACAUUCGUUUUACGAUAUAAUUGGGGGAAAUGUUAUCCUUACACUGAAUUCUGCAAUCCGGACUACUACUAUUCGUCACGAUCGACAUAAUAACAGAAAAUCAAGUUCAUUUUUCGAAUUUUUUUUUCUUUUCAUAAAAUGAAGUCAUUGUGAAGAGCACUCUUGCAUUUUAAGACAUAUUGCACACAUUCUGAAGAAACGUAACGACACCCUCAAAAAGUGGAACAUUUGGCACUUUUUAUCGACAAUACAGUUAGUUCAUUAGUUGAACAUAAAACAGCUUUUUUAUGUUAAACCUGGUUAUACAGUGUGAAUUUUUGUUUUUCCUCCGCUUUUAAGUUUUUGCAACACCGGUAGUCUACUUGGCCAUUUAUUUACGGAGGCUCAAAGAAAAAAAGGAGGUCAACAGGUUUCCCACGAAUACUGACUCAAAAUACUUUUUUUAACAACAGACGUGGAUUUCCUGGAAUUCUUCACUGAUUCGUUCUUUGGAAAUAAAAGACGAUUUUGCUAACAAGAAAAAAAGACAAAUAAAAAACAAACUCUUGUAAAAUUAAGAAGAUUUGGAUGUUUGCUGGGGACUAACGCGCGCGUGCCUUUGCGUGAGAGUUCCACAGAGCGCCGCUGUCCUCGUGCUGAAGUGCUGAGCAGCGCCUGCCUCGUGCCUCCAUAAAUGCACAGUCCAUUGCGGAGUCUCGAGGCUGGGCGGCAAGAUGAGCUCAUGGGUUCUGUUGCUCGCGGCGCUUGCGGCAUUUGUGCGGUGUGCUUGCACCGAGGGGGACCCUCUGCCUCCUGCCCUGGUGGAGCUGGUGAGGAGCAGUCCCAUCUCCUCCAUUCAGGACCUGCAGCUCCUGCUGGAGCCUGACUCCGUAGACGAGGACCCAGACAGUCAGACUUCUACGCGUCACCACGCCAACGGCACUUCCAAGCGCCUUCCCAGAAGCCUCGUGCCCGAGCAGGCGCAGCAGGCCCUCUGUAAGGUGCGGACGGAGGUGCAGGAGGUCACCCGCGACAUGCUGGACCGCCGCAACGCCAACUUCAUGCUGUGGCCCCCCUGCGUGGAGGUGCAGCGCUGCUCCGGCUGCUGCAACUCCAGGACCGUGCAGUGCGUCCCCAUCGUCACUCGCACCCGCAACCUACAGGUGAUGAAGAUCCAGUACAUCAAUAAGCAGCCUUCCUACGAUAAGGCCGUCAUAUCCGUCCAGGACCACGUGGAGUGUCGCUGCCAGAGCUCCGCCCCCCCUCCGGCCCCAAGAGCCACGCCCAAAAAACCCCAGCAUGCACUGCAGCCCCAGCGGCCGGCCCCCAAAACCCCGCCUCUCAAAACGCCGUCCAAGGAGGAGCUGCACCGCCAGGACGAGCUCAAACAGAACCAGAACCGGAACCUCCGGCCGGACGACAGGGACUCACAGCGCCCCCUGUGGCCGGCCAAGCGCGUGACCGCGCCGCCGCCCACCGCACAGACGAGCCGCUCGUCCGCCACCGCCGCCACCGAGGGGAGGACCCAGGCCGAGCGGGCGCGCAGCGAGCCACGCCCGAGCGCCGCGGAGGAGAAGGAGCCGACGCAGGAAACGCUCGGAGCUCGCCGAGACCCGGGGGAGGGGAAACCGCCCCAUCGCAGCGGCGACGGCGGCACGGUGCGGCCCCACGUGGAGCAGCGGCCACACCCGCACCCCCACGGGCAGAGCCCCAACGCCACGGCCCAUCACACGGGCCCACAGAGACCCACCGAGGGGGAGAGGGAGGACAGGGCACACGCCCACCACACACAAGCUGGUUCUCCCCCCCAGCUGGGCAGUGAGUCACACAACCAUGGCCACAGCCAUAGCCAUGACCACAAUCACAAGGAUGACCACAAACACAUCCACAAUCACAGCCAUAGCCAUGACCACAAUCACAAGGAUGACCACAACCACGACCAGAAACACAACCAUGACCAUAGCCAUAGCCAUGACCACAAUCACAAGGAUGACCACAAACACAUCCACAAUCACAGCCAUAGCCAUGACUACAAUCACAAGGAUGACCACAACCACGACCAGAACGGCAACCAUGACCACAGCCAUAGCCAUGACCACAAUCACAAGGAUAACCACAACCACGACCAGAAACACAACCACAAACACACCCACAAUCACAGCCAUAGCCAUGACCACAAUCACAGUCCCAACCACAGUGACAGCCAACACCACAGCCACAACCACAAUCACACUCGCAAUCACAGCCAUGACCACAGCCACAACCACAAUCACACUCGCAAUCACAGCCAUGACCACAGUCACAACCACAAUCACACUCGCAAUCACAGCCAUGACCACAGUCACAACCACAAUCACACUCGCAAUCACAGCCAUGACCACAGCCACAACCACAAUCACACUCGCAAUCACAGCCAUGACCACAGCCACAACCACAAUCACACUCGCAAUCACAGCCAUGACCACAGCCACAACCAAACAGAGACAACAGAGCAAAGGCAACAUGUUGUCAAGCCGCACAAAGAUAGAGAGCUUCCUGAAAUGGAGGAAGGACGAUUGCUACAGCCAAGCCUACAGGAGAAACAAGAACUUUUACUGCUUCAAAGAAAAGACCAGUUAAAAGAACAAUUAAAACAACAAGAACAAUUACAGCGACAUCAUCAUCAACAAGAACAUCAUUUACAUCAUCAAGUGCAGGUGCACACAACCACAAAAAAACCAGUGACGCCAGCGCCGACGCCAGCGCUGACCACGGAGCGCCCGCCCCCGCCCCCGCCCCCGACACAGCGCCCCCCAAAACGUCGGAACCCGCUUCACAAGAGACAGCGAAAAAACCGGAAUAGGAUCAGCAAGGCAACCAUGAGGGCCAGGCUGAUGUAGAGAGAGCAGGCCACAGGGUGAUAGUAUGGACCUUUCACCUCGGUGCACAUCCAAAAGUGACCCUGAAGUAUUAGGACACACAAGAAAUUGUCUUCUGGGUGGACAAUAGCCUCUCCAUUUCUCUGUAAUUGUUGUUGUUGAUAUUUUCAAAAUAUAAAUUAUUUUCAAUGGUUUACAUCUUCAGACUGUAGACAGUAUGCUCUGUGACAACAGCAAUAACAGCCCCGAUAACUGUCUGAUCAAGAAACAAGCUCGACUGGGAGGAAAAAAAGUCAUUUUAAACUGCUCUUGAAAUACUGUCAAUCAAUGUAAGGUGAAUACGUUUGAUAAAGGAGUAGCACAGUACUACAGCCCCCAUCAGCCACUGUGCUUCUGAUCUGCUGGACCCUGAGAAGCUGAUUGGACAGAGGGCUUUUGAAUGUCCCGUGGGCCUGGGCAGCCUGUGCUGUCCGGCCUUCACUGGAGGGAGAAAAGAGGAGAGGCCGAUGAACUCGCCGAGUUUGAGCCACCCAGCUGCCGUCCUGAUCUGACCGCCGUGGAGGCCCUGGGCCUUCCGUGGUGCCUGGAUAUGAAGCUCGCCGUUGUGCCGCAAACAAAGGAGGUCUCUUAACUCCUACACCUCACGAGAACGCUGGCCUUUUGACGCGGGCUUUCGCAAAAAAAAAAAAAAAAAAAAAAAAAAAGACGCGGUUUCCUCAGCCCUCUACGCCCCAACACUGAAACAAUCCGUUACUGGACAAUAUCAGUUCGAUGUGGAACAUCGAGAGUCAUGUGAUGUCAUGCAGGUCAUUUGACCAUCCGCACUGAUGCCCCUCGUGCGGCUUGUGUCAAUCACGAGUGGCAGGACUGAAGUGGGCGGGCCUAGAAUGUCUUGGGCUGGAUUGGCCGGGAAUGGGCGGAACUGGCCUAUUCACGGGUCAUACACCCUUGUAGGCCGCCAGAGAGUCGAACCUGCUGAAGGGCUAGGGGAGGAGAGUAACCCUGGCCAAAAGCACUGAAAACCAAAGCUCAGGAGUACCAGAGAGUUAGAACCCACACAUGUACAUAACCACAUGCAUAAUUUGCUCAAUAAUGUAUAGUGAUAUAUAUAUAUAUAUUUUUUGGUUAAUAUAUUUUCUAUUUAAUUUAAGCUUGACACUGGAACUUUCAAGGAUUGCAUUCUAACAGUUGGGGGCGGGGGGAAUAAAAGAUGAGGGUGAUUGCACUGGUCUAAUUAGUUGAACACUUGUGCCAAACUUCUGAAGUCGACGCAGUAUUAAUGCGGCACUGAAUGCCACAGUGUACAGUGUGAUUGAGGGCAAAUUACAGAUGUGUAUUCACUAGCGGGAAAACAUCAGUGUCUGCCUUUGUCAGGGUCAUUGACUUCAGCACCUUCCCAUUAUGUCUUUGGUGAAGAAAUGUCACUGAGCUGAAUUAAGCUUGAAUAUGCAUUUUAGAAGAUUUAACUGCACCUUUUUUUGCUGCUGACUAUGCAGUCUUACAUGCGUGUCUUACAUGAACUUCAAUAAAAAUAAAAAAAAAAGGAAGUUAGGAAGUUACCAGGCUAAGCAGUCACGAUAGCAGGCACUUCUGUAGAAUUAUUGAUAUUUCCUGGUUACCACAGAAGUAGGACAGAGCUCAGUGUUUUCCAGAUUUACCCAUUUUCAAAGGGAUCAGAAGUGCCCUCCAAAUUCUACACCCUGGAU